GUUAUUAUUUAGUUUUCAUAGUUGAUGAAAAGACGUGAGAAAAUCUUAGCUGGAAAAAAUGAAUCGAACAUUUUUGGCACCAUUUCAGUUGCAGAAACAGUUUGUUCGAAAUUUGUUGAGUCGGCAACAACCGAACAAAAAGCACGUCUAUAAAAGAGUUGGAAAUGGCAAACAAUUAAACGGAAUUAUAUAUUAUGGACGUGAUAACUUUGAAAUGCCGGAAAAGUUGCCAGAGCCGCCAAAACUGUUUCGUGUUCAACGUUUUGCACCUUUGAAACAUCGAAUCUAUUGGGAACGUAAGAUUCUAUUUCAAUUGGGAUUAAUCAAUGAUUUGAAGGAUGUUGCAAUCGUUAAAAAUACUCCCGAAAAUAAUGCUCUGUUGUGGAAAGUAAAACAUUUGGUCUCAGUUGAACCCAUUACAUUUCCAUAUGGUGAACCAAGCGCAGAUGAUAUCAAUCAUACGAAAUUGAAUGAAAAUGGAGAAUGCAUUGUCCAUAAGAAGAUUGGAGUUGAUGAGCGGUGCGUUGAAGAGGCCGAUAAAUUCAUCAAGGAUCCAACCAGAUUAGACAAAGACACGCUCAAACGCGAAGCUUUAUUGCGAUGGGUUCGAAGCUACUAACGAGAAGAGAAGAAAAGAAAUAGAGUGUACCAAUUUAUAUAUUGAAAUUUUAUUGAAUAAACAGCAAAACAAGAAAAUAACAAGA